GGUGGAGGGAGACCUAGGCAUUUCACGGUACACCUCACCAAGCUAUUACCCAGAGUCCCUCCCCAAUCUACAAAACUAGUUCCUUGAAAAAUCUACAUACCACUCUCUGUUUAUUUGCCCUAAUAGUAUUUUCGUGAUUAUCUCUGCACAGAUUCAGAUAGGAGAUGGCUGACCAGAAGAAGCAAUUCACCAAGGUCAACCAGCUCCGCCCAUUAGAUACUGGGCUUAAUUUAACUGUAAAGGUUGUUGAUGCAAAGACGGUAGUGCAGAGAGGUCGAACUCAAGGACGAUUUUCAGAAUGCUUAGUGGGAGAUGAGACAGGAAUGAUCAUUUUUACUGCAAGAAAUGAUCAAGUUGACCUGGCGAAAGAGGGCAGCACUCUUGUCCUCUCAAAUGCCAAAAUUGACAUGUUCAAGGGAUCAAUGAGACUAGCUGUGGAUCGAACAGGCCGUGUCGAAGCUGGUGACCCUGCCAGUUUCUCUGUGGACGAAAGUAACAAUCUAUCCUUGAUUGAGUUUGAACGAGUUGAUGUUGUUGUUUAAGCAGUUUGUCUGUCUAUCUAGUCUUUCUGCUAUAGAGGCUGCUUGUGCUAGACUUUGUUAAACUUUUACUAAACUAGUAUACCGAGCACGGUUUUAAAUUUUAAUUGUUGUUUUUUUCAUUUUAGCUUUCUUUUUUUAAAAUUUUAUUUUUGGUGUGGGAUGGAGCAGGAAUUUUGCAGUUUCAGUAAUAGUAAAAUGAGUUUUGUGUUAUCAUAUUUACUCUCCAUGUGGGAGUGGAUGAAAUUUGUUAAAUCUUGUCA